GGUAUGGCAGGAGUCUAAUCGUGGGCCCCUUGAUCCUGACCAGGCCGGCUUCCUCGUCUAGAUCUGGUCUGCCGCUCCUCGUGGCCGAGGCCGAGCGCCUCACUUGCCUUCGGAAGCCUCUGGAUGGAGGGCCGGCCGUGGUUGCUCCGAGGAUGACCAACCCUGCCGGGGCCGAGUGCACAGUGCUGCCGAAGCGCUCUUUGUUGGUCAUUUGUCCUGGUUCCAUCAAGUGGGCCUUGACGAAGUUGGGCUGGGCCGUCUUCCUACUGGGCUGGAUACCCCCAUUCCCGGGAGCAGCGGCAGAAGGAGCCGCCGCCGUUGUCGGGAACCGUCCGUCGAGAUCGCCAUCCGCCGUCCAGAUCCGCCGCCGCCACGUUGAGGAGCCGCCGAGAAGCCGCGCUGUUUCAGAUCGCGCCGACACCGUCAAAUCAGAUCGUCGCCGCUGGAAAACUGAACGCGGCAGGAGCGGGAGAGAUUCGCCGCUAGAGUGGAGAUCUGAACCGCGCCGCUGUCGUCUUCGUCCAUCGCCGUCGUCCAGCGAGACUCACCAUCGCCGAGCCGCCGUCCAUUUUGCCGCUGCUGUUGCCCAGUUUUUCCCUGCUGCGGUUUCUUGCGAAGAGGAAAAGAGAGAGUCGUUUGAAAUGGCAGAAGAUGGGAAGUUCCGAAUUGAGAAGUUCGAUGGUACAGAUUUCAGUUGGUGGAAGAUGCAAAUUGAAGAUUUGCUCGUUCAGAAAGAUUUAGACGUGGUUUUAGGUGACAAGCCAGAAAAGAUGUCGGAUGCAGAUUGGGCAAGUUUGGAUCGGAAAGCUAUGUCCGUGAUCCGUCUCUCAUUGACCAAAAAUGUUGCGUUCAACAUUCUGAAGGAGAAGACAGCGAAAGGAAUUAUGGAUGCGCUGUUUAACAUGUACAAAAGCCAUCUUCAGCUAACAAAGUUUUUCUGAUCAGAGAGCUGAUGCAAACCUAUCACUUUGACAAUGUGGGACACUUUUGCAUCAGUCCAAAGGUCCGAAAUUGAGAACGCACUGCAAUCAGGAAUUUAUCCCACAAUAUUUGCAAGGAGGAUAGCAUCAACAUCUUUCAAAGGAAGUCUUCAAAUACAGCUGCCAUAGAGCACGCCAUUGAAACCAAAAAAUGGUUGGACCCCUU